AAUUGAACACCAAAUUCCACAGGACAUCAAAAUUCAAUAUGACUGAAGGCAGGAGAAUACAGCUUCACCUCGGGAAGUGCAUCGAGGAUUUGGACAAGCUGCAUAAUGUUCCAGAUUUAAAGACGAAAAGGACUCAAAUGCUAUGUAAAACUGCGCUGAAACUUUUCGAGAAGGCGGAGCAGGACCGCGAGCGUGGCGACGAGGAGAACUCUUACGUGUACUACAUGAAAUACCUGCGUGUCAUCGCGUUCUUGAGCAGCGACAAGGAUUACCUGAAGGACAAGUCCUAUUACAAUAACAUGCUGGGCAUCAAGAAUCCCAACAAGGCCAUUGACGCUGCAGAAAAACUCAAGAAAAGUCUCAUUGAACGUUAUGCCAUGCAGCGGCAGGAAAAGCGUCCAGACCCAGUUAUUGAAGAGAUAACCAAACAGGAAGCUGUGACCAUAGCUGAGCCUGCGCCCAAUGCGGGUCUCCCCAGUAUAGACGAGGUGACGAUUAAGUGCGAGCAGCUGUAUCCAAUCUUGAAGGCCGGGAAGUUGAAGGUGAUGAUUCUUGACUGCCGCCCCGGAAAGGAUUACAUCGACUCCCAUAUCAACUAUCCGGGGUGCAUAAGUGUCCCUGAGGAAUCCAUCUCGCCAGGGCAAUCCGCGAACGUUCUAGAGCAAAAUCUACCCGCGGCGUCACAGCUCGUGUUCGCCGAGCGCGCGGCUAUGGAGCUGAUCGUGAUCCUCGACUGGAGCAGCACCUCAAUUAUCCCCGGCAAGACGCUCUUCCUCAUCAAGACAAUACUCCUAAAGUGGGACGUCAACGUGCAGUACUCGCGGCCACCGUUGGCGCUCUACGGUGGCUACGAGGAUUGGAUGCUGAAGUACCCCGCGCUAACGACCAACCCACAGGCCGUCCCGCCCAGCCAGCAGGAGCUUCUGGAGGACAUGCUUAGUGACAUCGACUAUCCGACGUGGACGGAGCCGCCUGCGACGCCGCUGCAGCCGCCGGUGUCGAUGCCACCGCAGCGCGCGGGCAAGCCCGGCGAGCCGGUCGUCGACCGCUCCAGCAAGGCUGCAGCGGUGCAGGUGUACGAGGAACGCGCUCGCGGCAUGCAGCGCAUUCUGGAGCAGCAGGAGCGCAUCGCGGACACUUCGCUUACGUUGCAGCUGCAGCGCAUCGAGGCCGAACAGGACUGGGAGCGCGUGCGGCUGCAGCGCGAAGCCGAGCAGCGCGACGAGCUGCGCGUCAUGUAUCAGCUGCGCGAGCAAGAGAUCAUCUCGCAGCUCAUGCAGCUCGAGAACAAGCAAUACGACAUGGAACAAGAGAAUCAGCAGUUGCGCGACCAGUUGGAAGAGUAUCAACGUCGCGAUCGCGAGGAAGCCGAACGGAUUAGCGAUGACCUCACCGCUACUCACUCCGAGUCUGAAGAAGUGGAGCGGCAGCGUCUGAUCGCGGAGAAGGCGAUGACCGCGCGGGAGGUGGCCGCGUCGCGCGCGCGCAUCGCCGCGGUGACCUCGCAGCGCGACCAGCUCGACCGCCGGCGCGAGCUCAUGGAGGCCGAGCGCAAGCGCAAGCUGGCCGAGGCGCGCGACAAGCGCAAACCACAAUUCGACAAGAACCGCAAUGUCGACGAAGACGGCGACACGUACAUGUCGUCGCCAGUGGACAGCCCCACAGGAUUAGUUCGUUCACUAUCUUCACCAAACAUCGCCAACGGAUCGGGCAACUCGGAUGAAGAGGAGCCUCAGGUGCCAACUUUCGACCGCAGCACGAAGCCUCGGCCCCCGGCGCCACCGGAACGCGUGCACGACUUCGAGCCCUACGGCACCGCACCCGGCCGCGGCCUGACCGGCUUGAAGAACCUGGGCAACACGUGCUACAUGAACUCGAUCCUGCAGUGUCUCAACAACACGGCCGUGCUCGUUCAGUACUUCUGCACUGGCCAGUACUUGGAGCAUAUCAAUAGGUCGAACAGCACACGCGGUGCCAUCGCCGAAGAAGUGGCGGCUCUGAUUCGUGUGCUCUGGGGUGGACACUACCGAUUCAUCAGUGCCAAGGAUUUUCGGAAGGAGUUGGGCAAGCACCAGCGUGCGUUCCGCGGCUGCGAACAGCAGGACUCCCAUGAGUUCCUCACCAUCCUAAUGGACUGGCUGCACCUCGACCUGCAGUUCACCAUCAAACCGCAGCCCAAAGAGAACAUGGGUCCAGCAGAGCGCGCCUGGCACGAGUACACCAAGGCUAAAGAGUCGCUAAUCCUACGGCUGUUCUACGGGCAGAUCAAGUCCACUGUGCGCUGCACCGUCUGCGGCAAGACCAGUGUCACCUACGACAGCUUUUCCAGCUUGUCGCUCGAGCUGCCCGCUAACGCAGCUCGUUGCACUCUCAGUGACUGCCUUCGCCUGUAUCUGACCGGAGAAACGAUCCCCGGCUGGAACUGCCCAACCUGUAAAGAGAAACGGGACGCGGUCAAGAAGCUGGACAUCUCGCGGCUACCUCCAGUAUUGGUGAUUCACUUCAAGCGGUUCUAUCUCGACCGGCAGGUACGGCCAGAAUACGGAGGCACCCAGGACGUGUUUAGCAAAAAGAUGACGUACAUCGAUUUCCCUCUGGCGGAGCUCGACAUGCGGCCAUUCUCUUUGCACGUGCCCAGCAACCGCCCGUACAGCCUCUACGCUGUCUCCAACCACUACGGCUCCACGCAGAGUGGACACUACACCGCUGCUUGCAAGAGUAGCGUCUACGGCAAAUGGUACAAGUACGACGAUCAUGCAGUCGCCGAGAUGCCGCCGAGCGAGGUCAAGUCCAGCGCCGCGUACAUCUUGUUCUACUCGGCCUGUGGAUCCGUAUGAUGCGUGGCGAAACAACUGCAACAUCUCUCGUUGCAGUUUGAUGCUCGAAACCACCCCAGCGCACCCCCCGUACCGCCAGUAUUCACCUUGUGCUGCUCGCGCCCCGCGACCCCGGCCCCCGCGACCCCGCCCCCGGCGCUCCCGCCUCUCGCGAUCCCCUCUAUUUCGCUGCAGAACAAAAACCCCGACCACGACUCGGACUACGACUCGGAUGUCGACGAUUAUAACAAAAACUCCGAAUGAAACCGAGCGAAGCCGACGACGCCCGAAAGGAGUGCCAUCGGCAAAACGAACCGCAAUGUCAAUUUAGUGCCGGAUCACCUUCAAUUAACGC